AGACAUAAUGAGAGUUAUGGCCAAGACUUUUGGUUCAACUGAACACGAACUGGUCUUGAACGUCUAAAAAGCUUCGUUUUCUUGGCAUAAGACUCGUUCGGUGACAUGUCAUGUAUCCGAGGCUGGUCAAACAGCCAGUAAGUAUAAUUAGUGAAAUGUCACCAUGCAUUCAGUUUCGCAGUGUCGUCCGAGCAUUUCGCACAUUGUAUUUCGUCACUCAUCAGCAGCAUUACCCAUCUGCAGCCACAGACCCGUCCUGCAACGAUGUUGCGAACACUCCUAGGUUAUACUCUUUUUUGCUGCGUUCUCCAGUAUGCUGCAGCUAAAUGCAAGACCACGUCUAGCACAUCUUCUACCCUGCCGCCUGUGGACACUCAUUGUCCUACGGUGACUUCCAAGGCGCUAUGUAGUACAUGUAAUUAUCCUGCAUGUCUUGAGAUAUCGACGAUCUCGAAUCCAUGCGACUGCUCGGCGCCUGUGCCAACAGUCUCGACGACCUACCCAUGCGACGGCAGCUGCCCAUCAUUCCGCUGCGCUGGUACGCAAUACGUGUCGGCAACUUCGUCCUCGGUCUGCGACUCGACACCGACCGAGCCCCGGACGGACUGCACGCCGACGGUAACGGUGUCGGCGUAUCCCAGUGAGGGUUGCUCCAUAUCCUGUGGCGGGUUUUGCAUUAUCGAUAAGUUUGUUACUUUUCCCUGCGGGUGCCCCACGGUUGGUGUUGGCGUGGUCACGACGACCGAGGUCCAGCCAUGCCCGACAACGGCCCCGUGCUACGACUGUCACACGGGGUUUCCGUUCACAACGGUUGAGAGUCCUUGUCCCACGGAUCCUCUACCUACGGCAACAUCCUGAGCUCGGCCUCUGCAGGAUGUGGAAACGUUGAGUUGCUGUCAAGGUGGCGGCUUUCCGCAGGUGGGGAGAUGGCCUUUGCCAGGAACUCUCAUUAACUUAACUGUGCAGACUAGACUAUCCGUAGUUCAGUGUUUAUCUGUGGUGAUCAUGACACUCUACUCAGGCGAGGAGGAUUGAUGUUAUCAUGCGCAUCAUUGGACGAAUAGCAUUCUAGUUGAAUACAAGUUCUUCUUUAAAACGACUCUGAAUGACGAAAAUGGCCAUUGAAUCGAUACCGACAGACCCAAUGGUCACAGGGAAUAUGCUGCAUGCGUACCUGAUAACUGCUAAAAGUAGAUGGGAGUCGUG